AUGUCAGGCAGAGGCAAAGGUGGGAAAGGUUUGGGGAAAGGCGGCGCUAAGCGUCACCGCAAAGUUCUCCGUGAUAACAUCCAGGGGAUCACUAAGCCCGCCAUUCGCCGUCUGGCUCGCCGCGGCGGAGUCAAGCGAAUCUCCGGUCUCAUCUACGAGGAAACUCGCGGCGUCCUCAAGGUUUUCCUGGAGAACGUCAUCCGCGACGCCGUCACUUACACCGAGCACGCCAAGAGGAAAACCGUGACCGCUAUGGAUGUGGUUUACGCUCUCAAGAGACAAGGCCGUACUCUGUACGGUUUCGGCGGUUAA